CGGGACGAAUUACCCGAGAUAAUCGUAACAAAAGGAUACAGUAUGAUAAACACAUAUCAAACAAAUAGCAUCGAGGUUUAUAUAAAAACCAUGAGUGUUCCUAUAUCGAGUAUUGUGCGAGAGUGGGAGGAAAUGUCGUGCAAGAAGGGGGAGUGGAUAGAUCAAACAUGGGAGGAGAAAUAAGGGCAGACGGAGAAGACGAAGGAGAGGAAAUAAGAGAAGGAAGGAAUGGAUAACGCGAAUCAGGGCGAAAUAAAUAUGACUCGUGUUAGGAGAGAAAUAUCGAUCUGCACAUGAUCCGAUAUAUAAUUAACACAAUAUAAUAUACCUGAUCCCAGUUGUGUUAAUUAAUUAUCAAUUAAAUUAGAACAUCCGACGAACUGAGAAGCGUGUAAGUUCAUUCAACAUGCGCGGUUCAGAGUUCGGAGAUGUCCCCAGGACGAUGUCAAAGUCGGCCUUCCUGCCUGACGUUUCACCGAGUAGCAUGAGGAGAAAGAGGAGAAGGAGGAGAAGGAGGAGGAACAACUCAGCGAGCGUGUGCGCGCAUCGUGAUGAAGGGGGGAACUGCGCGGGGGCGAUUCCGCAGCGAUCGGAGGGAGAACGAAAGGGCGGAGGAGGUGCAGCAGCACCAGCACAUCUCGCGCUGGCUACGCCGUCGACGGGCAGCAGAGCGCGGGGGUGCGAGCAUCCGCGGAGGAGCCGCGGCGGACUCGACUCGCACACGUGAUCCCGUGCGGGAGUGCGCGCUCGUGUCGGAUUCGCGGUCUUGCUCCUGUGCACGCAGACGACUUCGCGCGCGUGUUCUCAACUUCUCUCUCUCUCUCUCUCUCCUUCCUUCCUUCCCUCCUCCUGCUUUCGCGAAGCGAGACGUGAUCGUCGUCGGGGCGAGACGACGCGCGCCCAAGGACAUGCGGUUCUCCCCGAGAGAGAGCUAAUUCGUCGUCCCGAGAGGAUUGACAUCGUUCGCGGGGCGCGAUCAUGGCGGUCGAUAUUCUGGACGAGGAUCACCUCGCCGUGAGCGCGAUCGUUACGGUCGGUAUGCAGCUGAUCUUCUUCACGAUCGCCGCCACCUUCCAGCUGGACAAAUUGACGGACUUCGCAGGCGGCACCAACUUCAUCAUCCUCGCCCUCCUCACUUUCUUUCUCGGUCAAGUGGGCAAGACGUACGACAGCCGGCAAGUCAUGGUGACUCUGUUCGUGUGCAUGUGGGGCGUGCGGCUGUCCGGAUACCUCCUGUACAGAAUCAUCAAGAUUGGUCGCGACAAGAGAUUCGACGAUCGUCGCAGCAACGUCAUCCGCUUUGCCGUGUUUUGGACGUUCCAGGCUGUGUGGGUGUACGUCGUCAGUCUGCCUGUGAUAAUUAUUAAUUCCCCACGUCACAAAAUACCACCCGCGCCGAAGACCAUGACGACGUUGGACAGCGCCGGCACCGGGCUCUUCGUGGUCGGCUUCUUAGCCGAGACUUACGCCGAUCUGCAGAAGUUCGCUUUCAAGCAGGACCCGGUGAACAACGGGAAAUGGUGCAACGACGGACUCUGGAGACUGUCGCGGCACCCAAAUUACUUCGGUGAGAUCGUGGUCUGGUGGGGCAUUUUCGUGAUAUCCUUGAACGUGAUCGAGGGUGCGGAAUGGGUGGCUAUCGCUUCGCCGAUUUUCACUACGUUCAUUAUAUUAUUCCUGUCGGGCAUGCCGUUGUUGGAAAAAGCGUCGGACGAGAGAUACCGGGACAACGCGGAGUAUCGCUAUUACAAGCAAUCCACGUCUCCGUUGAUACCGAUACCGCCGUCCAUCUACGUGGAGGUGCCGCGAUUUCUCAAGUUUAUCCUGUGCUGCGAGUUCCCGCUGUACGAUUCCCUGGACGUGAAGCCGCGCUCGGCCGUCACCGAGUCGACGUCCAUCAGCUUAGCCGCGUCCACGUAGCUGUAACCACACGCCGGACGACCGAAUUCAGAGUCCGGCGUGCAGCUGACGAUCACAACCACGGCCAGUACAGCUUUUUGAGCGCACUCCGCCGUCUCUUGGCGCAGCCACGCGAUAGCUCCCCCAUCUUGUCUGUCCUUUCUGAAAACAGCCACGAUCCUGAAAUGCUGAUUUGUAAUCCUUGGAUACACGACUUCCUCUCGACGUGUCGGCAUUGUUACGGGAUGUAGCGUGAGCGUGUUCGAGUGAGUCUUAUCAGACCGACAUUGUGAAUGGACACCGUUCGAAGUAAGUCCUUUGGACAGAGGGGAUUACUGAGGCGAAGUAUUAUUUUUCUAACUAAAAGUCUACAAGUUAUUUCCUCACGCAGUGACUUCUCGUGCAGGAUCGAGCGAUGAAAAAGAGAGAAUUAGGAGGAGCUGGAGGAGAAAAAGAAUUAUUUUUGUAGCGAUGUUGUACGCGAGUGUAUCGAUGUAAAAGUUCAACUCGUUGACCAAUUCGAGCGUCGUUCCCGCACGACGAGUCGCCGAUGGUGAUUCGAUCUGCGCGCGUACUUGAAUUAUUCUUUUAAAAAUGCAGAAUCAAUCUAGCGCGACAUGAGAUAUACGAUACUUCUUGUUCGAAGUGACAUUCAGAUUCCGAGGACACGCGCGAAAGCGUGUCGCUCUGUGCUCGGCGCUCAGCCGGUUACAAAAUAAAACGAACGAUACGAGGAUACGAUAUGCUCUAGAAGUGAUCUUCGCUGACACAAAUUAGGCUGUCAUUCGUUUUUCACGUUUGUUGUUGACACUCUCUGACAAGAAAAAAAUCUAUUAUAUACAUAUAUAUCUCUCUCUUAAAUAACGCAUAAACAAAAUCUAAAAUUGAGAUUCGAAUUCAUAGUUAUGAUAUCGGGGAUAAAGCAACAAUAGUUUGUUCUUAACUUAAAACCUCGUUAAUUGCGACGAGUUCUACAGUCGGCAUAGAUUAUAAUAGAUGAUGUUUGGAUUGUGAAUUCGAUAAAACAAUUGGCUGAAAGGAAAAUACACAAUACGGUAUUCUGAUUUUGGCAACUCGCAGCGAGGUACGGGAAUAAGAAGCAAUACACAUCGCCGGCGGAAAAGCAACUUUCACCGUGUACCUCGCCACGAUUGCUGUUCAUUUCAUUAGUACGUCAUAUAGGACGUUUUUUUAUGGGGUAACGUAUUAGAUACGAAUACAUGGUGACGUCUAUUAUGUGCCAUUGUAAAUGGUUAGAAUCAACAUUACUGUCGUUUCUUUACCAAUCACACAUCCGGCCUAAUCGAUCAGAUCAUUGAUAUGCUUCUUAUAAUUAGACAUACCUGGAAUUCCUCAAGUCAGAGUCAAGAUAUCGUUCGUCAUUUGUAGGAAGGUAGUGAGUGAAUGAGAAGCUUUAGCGUGCUUCGUUAUUUCGAUCUUAGAGCUUCUCUCUCAUUCCUAUUAAGGUUUUCUCUCUCACUCACUCACAUCAUCCGUAAAAAUGGCGGACAGGAUAUAGACCAUCGUUAUACUUAUAAAUUAUCAUACUUUGUCCUGACUCUGACUAAAGGAAUUCUAGGAUAUCCACUAAGAAAAAUUAGAAGUAAACGAUUCGAUUUAACGACACUGAAAUGGUGGAGUAAAAUUGAGCCUCAAUUGUCGUGAAUGUAGACGUAAAAAAGAAAAAGAAAUUGCGAUACUUUUAUCAAAACAAAGCAACGUAUUUAACAAUGUGUCGAGAGAAGCCGAAUGAGCUCUCAUCUAUACUUAGAUUCGAAGUAAUGGAUUUGCCCCAUUCUUGUUGAAAAUCAAGGCUUUCAAUCGUAUUAUCGAGAUUUUAGCAAUAUUAAACAUAUCUCUGUGCCGAGAAUAGAACGUCCUUAUAAAAUACGUGGUAUCCGAUUAAAAAAAGAAAAAAAAGAUAUAUAAAUUACGAGAAAAAUUGACGACGAGAAAUACACUUAGGGUAGUAACGCAGGUUGAGCGAAACGUAUCUCCUUCGGAGUGAUCAACGAUCCAAAAUGUUAUUUCUCUAUUCUUCACUGUUAUAUAAGUCUUCAAAGUUUAGAUAAUAAAGAAUGAUUAACUCCUUUAAUGAAUGUGCAUGUUCAUUUCGAAUACGUCGGACGAUACACGAUAUAUAUCGAACGCAAAUCACACUGACAAUAUUUCUCGAGUGCGACGCGGCAGAGAGAUCGAACGGUGGAUCGCAAUAAACGCUUUUAACGAGAAUUUCAUCAAGUUCGCUUUAUAUUUAUAAACACAUUUUAUUUGUUCGUAUGUAUAUCGUUAAUAAAUGGUGAUAUAAUAAUGACAAUGAAAUGUAUAGCGCCGAGGAUAAAGUCAUCAUAUUAUAAUAAUUAUUAAUAUUCCUCUUACAAUAAUCUUACUCUCUGUAUUGGGUGUCUACCUACUGUGCUUGCAACGUUAUGGUCUUGUCCGAAUGUUUCUCUCUCUCUCUUUCUCUCUCUCUCUCUCUCUCUCUCUCUCUCUCUCUCUCUCUCACCAUUCAUCUAGUUUAAUAUUAUUUUUUUUUAUUCAUACAUAAUAAUCCAUAAUAAUGUAACCACAGGUAUUGUGAAAACAUAUUUGCGCCGUCCUAAGUAUAAAACAGCAUCCGUCCACCAAUCCUUCCUUCCUUUUUUUCAUUUACCGUGUUUUCUUUACGUGAUUCAUAAUCGUUAUCAAUAAUAUAGUAAGCUACUUAAAUGUAAUAUAUCUUGUGUCUUCGUGGAAUAUGUUUCAACUGCCGUUGCGCAGCAUCGUAGAAAAACUUCAAUUCCCGUUAUACAUCAAAUGUCGAUUUUCGAUGCAUGAAAGACACUUUGUAUUACACGCAAGGUAAUUUUUUUUCCUUAAACGUCCGAAAAAUUCGUAUCAAUAAAAUACUUGGGCAGCACAGCGUUUCGAGUACCAAAGGAAAACAGAGAUCAAAAAAUUACCUGUGCCUCUUCGCUAGAGAAAGAAAACGUCGAGGGAGUAGAGAGCAAAGGAAUCGCGGAUGCAGGAAUAAAAGG